GGCGGCGCUGCUGCCGCUAUCUGCUGCGGUAAGGCUAGUGUAGCAGUUUCGGUGGCAAAGUUUGGCGAGCGAACCCCUAUCCUAACUUGGACCACUUGCCCCACCCCUGAGGAUUCGAAUUGCAUUGUAUAUCACUAUAAAGGUUACCGAGAAGGAGCGAACCUCAGAAAGUACAAAGCGCCCGUGCCGCACCUGACGGGUGUGCCGGCGUCGCACAAGCACGGCGUCGCACAGUCGCAGUCGCAGCAGCCGCAACCGCAGCAUCGGCACUCGCCGCACCACGGCCCCCUGCCCUCGCCCUGCCCCCGGCCGCCGCCCCCCAACAGCCCCCCGCACCAGAGCACGCCCCUCGCCAGGCUCAGUCCCAGCAGCGAGCUGUCGCAGGGCAUCACACGAAUUCUCACGUUACAAGACAUAAGUGGGAAGCCACUGCAGUCAGCACUACUGGCGACAACGUCAUCCUCAGGGGGAGUGGAGGAUGUGCUACACAGCAACAGCGAGCGAAGCCUCAACAGUCCGGUCAUGAGUCGGCUGAGCGGCCAGAGCUCGUCGGCCAGUCGCAAGACGCCAAACGCGGGGCAAGAUGUGGGCAACAUCGGCCUCACCUCCAACGGGGGUAUGCCCAUCAACGGGCAUGCCAUGGGCCUCACGGCCGAGGAGAUCGACCGCCUCAACGUGCGUCCGCGAACCUCUAGUCUGGUCAGCACACUCGACGCGGUGUCGAGCUCUAGCGGCCGCGGAGUCAACCAAGAGAGUCACCGACUCCACGGAGCCGUGAACGGAGGCGGUGACCACAGCUCCACCACAACCGACGAGAGUGGAAAUGACUCGUUCACCUGUUCCGAGAUAGAGUACGAUAAUAACAGUGUGACGGGUGAGAAACUCAGUGACGUCAUCUUCACGAAACUCAGCAACGACGACGAACGGUCGUCGCGGACACGGAACAGCGACACGGGCACCCCCGACAAACCUCCCCCACCACCCACCUCCUACGACGGGUUCGACUCGUCGUUCCGCGGCUCCCUCAGCACGCUAGUGCCAUCAGACGACGACCUGUCGCACGUAGGUGGCCCGCUGUAUCGGCCGCAGAACGGGUCGCCGUCAUCACUUCCGGCCGCUGACAGCUGGAACUACCUGCUCGACUGGGGUCCCGACUUCGAGAGCCUGGUCGGUGUGUUCAACGAUAUCGCUGAACUGCCAGACUCGGUGAAUGGCCGCGUGCCAGCUUCGCUCAGACUCCCCAAUGGCGCGACCAAACCAUCCGAGGAGUACGUCUGACAAUACUCGAGUAAUAAUAAAGUACGUCUCUUAGUGAGUAGGCCU